AGCCUUAAUCGUUUUCAUAUCUCAACCCUGCGUGACAUAAAGUCGGAGCGACAAUCAACAUAGCCAGAUGGCUUAUGAAAAUUGUGGUUUGUUAAAUCUACAUAAAGGUUAUUAUUGUAGCGAGCUGUCAUGUGAAGCAGAGCCACGUAGAUUCUACUCACGGACUGUCAAUAUAAACAAACUUUUUUGAAGUGCAAUGGGCUUGUGCAAGUGUCCGUGGAGAAGGGUCACUAACCAAUUUUGUUUCGAACACCGAGUUAAUGUCUGCGAAAAUUGCAUGGUUACGAAUCACCCUAAGUGUAUAGUUCAGUCAUAUCUUCAGUGGCUGCAAGACAGUGAUUGGAAUCCUAUUUGCGGAUUAUGUUCAGAAAACUUAAGUGAUGGAGACUGCAUCAGAUUGAUCUGCUAUCACGUAUAUCAUUGGGCUUGCUUAGAUAAGUAUGCUAGGAAUUUACCAGCUACGACAGCACCUGCUGGAUACACGUGCUCAACGUGCCAUUCCCGGAUUUUUCCAGAAACAAACCUGGUUUCUCCUGUAGCCGAUGUUCUACGAGAAAAAUUAGCUGGUGUCAACUGGGCAAGAGCUGGUCUUGGAUUACCUUUGUUGAGUGAAGAGAGAGAACAAAGACCAGUCCAGCAUGAAACCACAUCGAUCGAGAAUUCAGCUUUCCAAAAUCACACACCUGCAAUCCCACCCGCAUCCCCUUCGUCAACGAUAGCAACUUCUAGAACAAACAGCACACAUAAUUCUGUAAAUUCUAAUAUAAACAUCGUCCAUGCAAAUAAUCAAAAGGUGGGACCGCCUUACUCGGUAGUGAAUAUCGAUGCCACACUUAGCAGUCAAACUCCGAGAAAAGUCUUCGAAGCCUAUGAUGAUCCGAAAGACGUAUCCUUCGACCACGAUGAAAAUAAGUAUCAGCGAAAAUCCGCAAUCGACUGGUUUUUGCGAUGGUGGAAAUUAAUUGCUAGGCCAACAGCGCGUCGAAGAAACACAACAGGAUCUUUAUACAAGCGGUAUUUUCUGCUUGUCAUUUGUGGCUUUAUUGCCUUCAUCUUCGUUGUAAUUAUAUUUUCUUGGCUGGGCAAUAUGGCAACAGAUGGGGAUCCAUCUUUCAGUGUUUUCGAAAAUCGUCAAAUUAACGUUCAACGUGAGGAUAUUGCAAAGUAAACUUAAUUGUACUGAUUGAACGUUAACAAUUUUUUAAAUUAUGUUUAAAAGGUUGAAUGCGCGAGAGAAUUGUGCUCGUUUGAGUUUGAAGUUCAACGAUAGAAGAAUGUACAGGCUAGAUUACGAUAUCCGUAGCGACAAUUUUGUAAUGCGGAUUCCGAUAGGCUUUUUUGCGUAAAACACGAAUCUGAAACUUUAAGACGAGGGCUUAAUUUGUUAUGCAAUCUGAUUUGCACUCUAUACUGUAAUCUGAUAUCCCGAAUACUUUUAGUGAUAUAGAUUUUUACGUUAAAAUUAUUGACUUUUCUGAAAUUUUAAUAAUUUGGCAAUGUGGAUUCAAAUAUGAUUAUUUGCGAGAAAAACAAAUUAAACACUUUACAAUCCCGUAAAAAAGGAACCUGGCAAAUAGAAGGGUGUGUGAUAAAAUUACACCAAUUUCCUUCAGUCUGUCACUAGUGAUGCGAAUCUCAACAAUUCAAUCAUAUUAAUAUAAAAAAUCGAUAUCUCGAAAACUAUUCAAAAUAUUGUUUUCAAAGUUUCGGAUUCAUUUUUCUCGCAAAAAAUCCUAUUGGAAGGCGCUUUUAAACUUUUUGCCAUGGAUAUUAUAAUCUCUCCAAUAUACGUGACUGCGAGAAUGCAUGACGUCAGAGAUUUUGUUGCUUGAUCUAAAAGGAUUAUAUAGAUUAAUUAUCUGGAUAAGUAUCUUUCUUGACCGGGUACGUUGAAAUAAUUAAGAAAUCUCCUAAUAAUCAUAUAGGAAACUGUUUCAGAAACAAUCUUUUAAUUCAAUUUACAAAUUACCAAGGUAACACAGUAAAUGUUUGAUGUGUAACAUUUUUGUUAACUAUUCAUUAAGUAAAGUUCAGGGCGAACGAAAGCAUUAUGAUUUUGAAUGAUCUAAAUCAUUUCUUGCUUAGGAUGUCCAGUAAAUGUUUAUUCUAACUAAUGUAUUAUAAGCUUUACAAAGCCACAAAAAUGUUAGUUUUGUUCUUCCGAUCUAUGUGUUAAAUAAGUUUUACAGUCAAAUGAAAAAUAGUGGUUUUUUUAAAUUGAAUGAUUUUUAUAAAAACAAAAAACUGCAUAGGAAUACGAUCCAUCAAAAUCAUAAUGUUCAAUAUGUAUAUUCCAAUCUUCUGUAAAAAUACUAAGAAUGUGUAAAAUAUAUCCAUCAUUCUAUAAA